AUGGCGCCGUCGGAAAGUCAGAGCGCUUGGGAUGCUCAAUCAAAAGACGCAAAGCGUAUUCUAGCAGAAGACAAGUACGAUGAUUGCCUCUCCUGCCGAAUAACAGGUUCGGCCGCGUUCAUUGGCCUUGGAGUAUACAGUUACUACACGGGAAUGAAUAAUCUACGAAAGCAAGAACAAACAAUCAUGCGGAGUGCGACGAAAUACAAGAUGGGAUCUCGGAAAUUGGGCAUUGCAACUAUAUCUGCAACAUUAGUAGGCAUGGGAAUAUGGAGGGCUUUGAAUUAA